UGUACUGCGCAGGCGCAUAUGUUCUUCUCGCGAGAAGAGGAACGUCAGCAUGGCGGUGCUCCUUGAAACGACUCUGGGCGAUAUUGUGAUCGAUUUGUUUACAGACGAAAGGCCUAAAACUUGCUUAAACUUUCUGAAGUUAUGCAAGAUAAAAUACUACAACUACUGCCUCAUCCACAAUGUGCAGAGAGACUUCAUCGUGCAGACUGGAGAUCCUACUGGAACAGGUCGUGGGGGAGAAUCUGUGUAUAGCAAACUGUAUGGGGAUCAGGCACGCUUUUUUGAUCUGGAGAAAAUGCCACGCAUCAAACACAAGAAGAAGGGGACGGUGUCCAUGGUGAACAAUGGAAAUGAUCAGCACGGCUCUCAGUUUCUAAUUACCACUGGCGAGAACCUAGACUAUCUGGAUGGAGUUCAUACAGUGUUUGGGGAAGUGACCGAGGGCAUGGACGUCCUGAACAAAAUCAAUGAGGCCUUUGUUGACAAGGAUUUUGUCCCAUUCCAAGAUAUCAGGAUAAACCACACAGUGAUCUUGGAUGACCCGUUCGAUGACCCUCCUGACCUACCGGUGCCUGACCGAUCGCCUGAGCCCACCAAGGAGCAGCUGGAUAGUGGCCGUAUCGGUGCAGAUGAAGUGGUCAAUGAUACAGAUGGGAAAGGAGCCAAGGAACUGGAGGAGAAGCUGAAGGAGAAAGAGGCCAAGACUCAGGCUAUCCUGCUGGAGAUGGUGGGCGACCUCCCUGAUGCAGAUGUGAAGCCUCCAGAAAACGUGCUGUUUGUGUGCAAACUGAACCCAGUGACCACAGAUGAGGACCUGGAAAUCAUUUUUUCUCGCUUUGGAUGCAUAAAAAGCUGUGAGAUCAUCAGAGACUGGAAAACUGGAGAUUCCCUCUGUUAUGCUUUUAUAGAGUUUGAAAAGCAAGAAGACUGUGAGAAAGCUUACUUCAAAAUGGACAACGUGCUCAUUGAUGACAGACGCAUUCAUGUAGACUUCAGUCAAUCAGUUGCAAAGAUCAAAUGGAAAGGGAAAGGGGGGAAAUACACUAAAGACGACUUCAAAGCUUAUGAGAAGGAUGUAGAGAAUCGAUCCAAACUGGCUCUCAAGGAUCAGGUGAAGCCAAAACAAGAUUCCAAGUACAACCUGAUUAUCGAGGAAGAAGAGGAGGCUCCGAGUCAUCGGCACUCUGAGAAGAAACAUAAAGAGAAGAGGCACCAUCAUCAUUCAGAUGAUGAGGACAGCAGGAAGUCCAAAAAGCGCAAGGACAGUGAGGAGGGCAGGCGGGACAGAAAGGGAGGCCGCCAGCGGUCACGCUCGCGAUCUCGCUCCAGAGACAGGGACCACAAACACAGCAAGUCCCGGGUCAAACAUGGGAAAGAGGGGCACGAUAAAGGGCACAGGGACAGGAGCCGCAGUCGCUCUCCCAAGAGGUCCAAGGACAAGGAGAGGAGUAGAUACAGAUGAGGGAGGACAUAGGACGAAUGAGAUAUAUAUGUAUUUGGACCACAGCCACUGAACUGUGAUCAGCAUGAAAUGUCUGAAUAUUCAUCAUGUUAAACUUCCUCUUAAAUCACUUGAUCUUGACUGUUAGGGAACUAGUCAGGUGAUUAUCAGGUUUUUGUCACGUCGUCUAGAUCGGCACUAAGAAAUUUUUUUUAUAUGUGCAUUAAAAGUUCACUGUAACAAGGUU